AUGAGCUAUGACUACCAUCAGAGCUGGGGCCGCGACGGCGGAGGCCGUGAGGGCGGGCCCCGCGGCUCCGGCGGCGGCUACGGAGGGAGCCACGGCGGGGGGCAUGGCGGGAGUCGAGGCUCCGGAGGCGGCGGCGGCGGCGGCGGAGGGGGUGGGCGAGGAGGCCGAGGCCGACAUCCCGGGCACCUGAAAGGCCGCGACAUCGGCUUGUGGUACGCGAGGAAGCAGGGCCAGAAGAGCAAGGAAGCCGAGAGGCAGGAGAGAGCCGUAGUACAUAUGGAUGAGCAUCGAGAGGAACAAAUUGUACAGCUACUACAUUCUGUCCAAGCUAAGAGUGACAAAGAUUCAGAAGCACAGAUAUCCUGGUUUGCUCCUGAAGAUCAUGGGUAUGGUUCUGAAGCUCCUGCUGAGAACAAACCAAACUCAGAGAAGAAAUUGGAGGAUCCCGGGAAAAAAGUGAUAAAUCAAGAAAAAAAGACAUUUAGAAUCAGGGACAAAUAUAUGGACCGAGAUUCUGAGUAUCUCUUGCAAGAAAAUGAACCAGAUGUAAACUUAGACCAACAGUUAUUAGAAGAUUUACAAAAGAAAAAAACUGACCUUCGGUAUAUUGAAAUGCAGCGUUUCAGGGAAAAGCUGCCUUCAUUUGGAAUGCAAAAGGAAUUGGUAAAUAUGAUAGAUAAUCAUCAGGUGACAGUAAUAAGUGGUGAAACUGGUUGUGGAAAAACCACUCAAGUUACUCAGUUCAUUUUGGAUAAUUACAUUGAAAGAGGAAAAGGAUCUGCAUGCAGGAUAGUUUGUACUCAGCCAAGAAGAAUUAGUGCCAUUUCCGUUGCAGAGAGAGUGGCUGCAGAAAGGGCAGAAGUUUGUGGCAGUGGUAAUAGUACUGGAUACCAAAUUCGUCUCCAGAGCCGGUUGCCAAGGAAACAGGGCUCUAUCUUAUAUUGUACAACAGGAAUCAUCCUUCAGUGGCUUCAGUCAGACCAGCAUUUGUCCAGUGUUAGUCAUAUUGUGCUUGAUGAAAUCCAUGAGAGAAACCUGCAGUCAGAUGUUUUAAUGACUGUAAUUAAAGACCUUCUCAAUUAUCGACCUGACCUGAAAGUAAUAUUAAUGAGUGCAACAUUGAAUGCUGAGAAAUUCUCAGAAUAUUUUGGUAACUGUCCAAUGAUACACAUACCUGGUUUCACUUUUCCAGUUGUGGAGUAUCUUUUGGAAGAUAUAAUUGAAAAAAUAAGAUAUGUUCCAGAACAAAAAGAACACAGAUCCCAGUUUAAGAGGGGUUUCAUGCAAGGGCAUGUAAAUAGACAAGAGAAAGAAGAAAAAGAAGCAAUUUAUAAAGAACGCUGGCCAGAUUAUGUAAGGGAACUUCGGAAAAGGUAUUCUGGAAGUACUGUAGAUGUUUUAGAAAUGAUGGAUGAUGAUAAAGUUGAUCUGAAUUUGAUUGCUGCCCUUAUUCGCUACAUUGUUUUGGAAGAAGAGGAUGGUGCAAUAUUGGUCUUUCUACCAGGCUGGGACAAUAUCAGCACUUUACAUGAUCUCUUGAUGUCACAAGUGAUGUUUAAAUCAGACAGGUUUCUUAUUAUACCUUUACAUUCACUGAUGCCUACAGUUAACCAGACACAGGUAUUUAAAAGAACUCCUCCUGGUGUUCGGAAAAUAGUAAUUGCUACCAACAUUGCAGAGACUAGCAUUACCAUAGAUGAUGUAGUUUAUGUGAUAGAUGGAGGAAAAAUAAAGGAAACACACUUUGACACACAGAACAACAUCAGUACUAUGUCUGCUGAGUGGGUUAGUAAAGCUAAUGCCAAGCAAAGGAAAGGUCGAGCUGGAAGAGUUCAGCCUGGUCAUUGCUAUCAUCUGUAUAAUGGUCUUAGAGCAAGCCUUCUAGAUGAUUAUCAACUGCCAGAAAUCUUGAGAACGCCUUUGGAAGAGCUUUGUUUACAGAUAAAGAUCUUAAGGCUAGGUGGAAUUGCUCAUUUUCUAAGUAGGUUAAUGGACCCACCAUCAAAUGAAGCAGUGUCACUCUCCAUAAAACACCUGAUGGAACUGAAUGCUUUGGAUAAACAAGAAGAAUUGACCCCUCUUGGAGUCCACUUAGCACGAUUACCAGUUGAGCCACACAUUGGAAAAAUGAUUCUUUUCGGGGCGCUGUUCUGUUGCUUAGACCCAGUCCUCACCAUUGCUGCUAGUCUCAGCUUCAAGGAUCCCUUUGUCAUCCCAUUGGGGAAAGAAAAGGUUGCAGAUGCAAGAAGAAAGGAAUUGGCAAAGAAUUCUAAAAGUGACCACCUGACAGUUGUGAAUGCAUUUGAGGGCUGGGAAGAAGCUAGACGACGUGGUUUCAGACAUGAAAAGGACUAUUGCUGGGAAUAUUUUCUGUCUUCAAACACAUUGCAGAUGCUGCAUAACAUGAAAGGGCAGUUUGCUGAGCAUCUUCUUGGAGCUGGAUUUGUAAGCAGUAGAAGUCCUAAAGAUCCAAAAUCCAAUAUAAAUUCAGAUAAUGAGAAGAUAAUUAAAGCAGUCAUCUGUGCUGGCCUAUAUCCCAAAGUUGCUAAAAUCCGACCAAAUUUGGGUAAAAAAAGAAAAAUGGUGAAAGUUUACACAAAAACUGAUGGAUUAGUUUCUAUUCAUCCUAAAUCCGUUAAUGUGGAGCAAACAGACUUUCACUACAAUUGGCUUAUUUAUCACCUGAAGAUGAGAACCAGUAGUAUAUAUUUGUAUGACUGCACAGAAGUUUCCCCAUACUGCCUCCUGUUCUUUGGAGGUGAUAUUUCCAUCCAGAAGGAUAAUGAUCAGGAAACUAUUGCUGUAGAUGAAUGGAUUGUCUUUCAGUCUCCAGCAAGAAUUGCCCAUCUAGUUAAGGAAUUAAGAAAGGAACUAGAUACCCUUCUGCAAGAGAAGAUCGAAAGCCCCCAUCCUGUUGAUUGGAAGGACACUAAAUCCAGAGACUGUGCCGUGCUCUCAGCUAUUACAGACUUGAUCAAAACACAGGAAAAAGCAAUUUCCAGGAACUUUCCGCCACGACUCCAGGAUGGAUAUUGCAGCUGA